AAUGUUUUUCGAGUUGUCCAGAAUUUAAAGUUCCCCGAUCAUCGAUUGGAGUCCGCCCCGCCCUCCGCCAAUUCACUCCAAUACCACGACAGUCGGCAGAGGAUCCCGCACUACCAACAUGCUGUAGGGACUUUGUAUGUAAGCUAACCGAUAUGAGUGAUCGCUUAACCAUGGAAGCAUUGGAACAACACCAGCACGACGGUGUCCCCCGACAACGGAGGAGAUCCUCCAUCAAACCCGAGGGCUCCGAGAGCACCGCCCCGGGUCUGGUGGGUCCCAACUUUCGGCGAAUGUCGCGGAUAGAGCCGCGACCGAGCAUACAGUACGGACUCUCGGGCAGACGACCGUCUCAAGCUUCCCGCCGAACUAGCAUCUCCGGCACGUCACAGGGAACUAAGCAUCACGUGAUCCCAGUCCGACUACAGAAUACCUACCGAAUGCAUCCCGAGUCUAAGGAGAAAUUCAAUGCCGGUCCGGUGGAGAAAAUCAUGAAGAGUGUGCUGGAGUCGUACCUGGAAGGUGAAGUGUAUGAACACAAAAUGUGUGCUAACCUAGCUCAGAAUUUAUCUGACGUCAUCAAGUCACGUGUGAAAGACUUAGGUUUCCCGCGGUACAAGUUAGUGUGCAAUGUGUUGAUUGGAGAAAACUCUAGCCAGGCCGUGAUGAUGACCAGUCGCUGUCUGUGGAACAGCGACACCGACAAUUUUGCGCAGGCGCGGUUCAGCAAGGGCAAGCUGUUUGCCAUAGCAACAGUGUUUGCAACCUAUUUUGAGUGACCUCAUUUUCUUUUAAACCCUUCAGUGCAAUGGAACAGCGAUACAUUUAGCUCAAUUAAUUUGAUAUCAUUGACUUUCUUUUUAUUUAUAAUUAUUUAUCAGGAGUGUGAUGUUUGUGAUAAUGUGAUAACAAAUAUAAUAAACUAUACAGAUUUUA